GGUGUCAAUUGCAGCUAUUCAGGUUUUUUCGUGCGUUGUGGCUCGAGCCGUUUAUCUAAGCUAUCUAGGUUGUGGCAGUGGGGGCUUAUCCCUAAGGCCACACGUGACCUCCCUGGCGCGCCCACACUAGGGGAAACCCGAUUUUUGGGAUAGCACCUCGCCUGCAACAAAUGUUCGUUCCUCCCAUCGCCAACGAGCAAACGCCUUCUUCUACUCUUCACAGACGGCCCCGCCUUAUACCAUCCACUACUUCGUCCGUCACAUCCAUCUACCUACAUGGCUAAUGACAAGAGAAUAACGGCCAAGCUCGAUGAGCUCCGCGAUCGCCGCUGUAGCCGGUCCCGGGUAGAAGAGGAGUGGUGGUGCGUCAGUCUCAGCAUCGACGAGUUUGGUGCUCUCGAAGCACGCCUCGAAGCAGACGAGAGAUCACCUUCGUUAUUUAGCUCAUCUAUGAGGACCUCUAAGGUUUCAACUGCACACAUCAUCGAGCAGUUAUUCUCCAUCGAGCAAGGUAACGACCAGGCCGCCGCCGAUUUUGCUUGGGGUAUAAUGCCAUGUGGAAGCUCUAUUGUCGAAGACGAAGGACUCCAUCACCCAGACAGAUCAUACGCACACGAAGACGCAAGAAGGCUCGGCGUUAUCAUCGAGGUAUCCCACUCGCAAAAGGGAAAGGACCUACCAUACCUAGCUGAUGACUGCAUCCUGGGAUCCAAAGGGUUGACCCAACUUGUCAUUGGGAUCGACCUUAACUACCAGGACAAAGAAGCAAAGGUUAUGACGUGGCGGCCGACAUAUCUCGAAGUGUUGCGUAAAACGUAGACGCUUACGAUACGCUUUGCGGUAUGUAGGCAUAUAAGGGCUGGUUCAAUUGCUACGUGACACGAAGAAAAUGGGACAAUGAUACGCGAGGCAACUCAGACAGAGGGAGGCAUCUUUCGGGCAGCAGAUGGCAGCUUGGAGGAUGGCGAACGGAUCCUCCGUAUCUGGUUAAAGGAUUUCGGAAACCCGCAUGACUGUCCUGGGAU